UGAAUGGGUGAGAUUUUUGUAGUUUGUGGAAUUAUCGCGGUAUUGAGGCUGUAACUAGAUAACAUGCUGCUGAAAAAACCCAUUGGUUUUCACGGGCUCGCGCUUGUUUUGGCACGUCCGUGUUGAUUGAACCUUUUUUAAGUGAAAAUGGCCGCAUAUUUGUUUUGAAAUGGAAAUAAUAGGAGCAUCAUUUUCCCGGACCCAUGUUUUUAUACAUUUGAAAUGCUUUUUCUUCAAAAAUAAGUAGCAUACUAUUAUUUUUCCCAACAUGGCAAGUCCAGCUGCAGACCAGGCUUUUUCAGACGUGAGAAAGGUGGGUUAUUUAAGGAAACCCAAAAGCAUGCACAAGAGAUUUUUUGUUCUGCGGAUUGCAAGUGGCUCAGGACCUUCCAGGCUGGAAUACUACGAAAAUGAGAAAAAAUGGAGACACAAGUCUGGGGCUCCCAAAAGGACGAUCCCACUGGAGAGCUGCUUCAAUAUUAACAAGAGAGCCGACUCCAAAAAUAAGUACCUGGUGGCACUGUACACUAAGGAGGAGUAUUUUGCAGUUGCAGCUGACAGCGAGCAAGAGCAGGACCUGUGGUACCAAGCGCUGGUGGACCUGCACAAUAGAGGUAAACUGCAUGAGCCUGCCAGGGGUAAUGGAAUCGGGGAGGACAGCUACGGGGAGGCCACACCAGGGCCCGCCUUUAAAGAAGUCUGGCAAGUCAGUCUGAAACCAAAGGGACUGGGACAAACGAAAAAUCUGACUGGGAUUUACAGACUGUGUCUGACAAAUAAAACCAUCAGCUUCGUGAAGCUGAACUCGGACGCAGCGGCUGUGGUUCUGCAGCUGAUGAACAUUCGGAGGUGUGGCCAUUCAGAGAAUUUCUUUUUCAUUGAGGUGGGGAGGUCCUCUGUCACAGGGCCCGGGGAGUUCUGGAUGCAAGUGGACGACUCUGUGGUGGCGCAGAAUAUGCACGAGACUCUCUUGGAGGCCAUGAAGGCGAUGAGCGAGGAGUUUCACCCCAGGAGUAAAAGCCAGUCCUCCUCCAAGUGCUCCACGCCUAUUUCUGUGCCGCUGAGAAGGCACCACCACAACCACCCGCCUCCCAGCCAGGUGGGGCUUGGCAGGAGGUCCCGGGCGGAGAGUGUUACCGCCACCUCGCCCACAGCCCCGGGGAAGCAGAAUCACUCUUUCAGAGUGAGGGCCUCCAGCGAUGGAGAGGGCACCAUGUCCAGGCCGGCCUCCGUGGGCGAGAGCCCGAGCAGCCCCAGCUCGGCGCGGACGCACUGCCCGCAGCAGCGGGGCGGCUCCCGGCUCCACCCGCCCCUCAGCCACAGCAGGUCCAUCCCUGUGUCGUCCACCCGCUGCUCCCCUUCCGCCACCAGUCCCAUCAGCCUCUCCUCCAGCAGCACCAGCGGGCACGGCUCCACCUCUGACUGUCUGUACCCCCGCCGCUCCAGCGUCUCCGCCUCCGGUUCCCCCAGCGAUGGCGGCUUCAUCUCCUCCGACGAGUACGGCUCCAGCCCCUGUGAUUUCCGGAGCCCCUUCCGCAGCGCCACCCCUGAUUCUCUGGGACACACGCCCCCUGCCAGGGAGGAGGAGCUGAAUAACUACAUGUGCAUGGCCAAGCCCGGCCUGGUGCCAAACAGGCACUGUGGCCACCCUAGCUCGCGUUGUACGCCCCCACGAUUGGAGGAGCUGGAGAAGAGCUUCAGGAAGAGAACGCAUUCCUCAGGAGCCUCGCCCCCGACUAUAUGCCAUCAGAAGACCCCCUCCCAGUCCUCCACUGCCUCGAUGGAGGAGUACGCGCAAAUGGUGCCGACUUACCUGUGCGGCAGGGCGUCAUCCUACAGGCACUCUCCCUUCCUUCCAGUGCACUCGUACCCCGAGGAGAGCCUGGACCAGCAUCUGGAGGGCAGAGGGACGGGGCUGGCGGACGACGGGUACAUGCCCAUGUCUCCAGGUGUGGCUCCCUUAGCCUGCAAGAGGGAUGACUACAUGCUCAUGAGCCCCAAAAGUAUGUCAGAGCCCCAGCAGAUCCUCAGCCCCCGCACGCACUGCCAAGUGGACUCCAGUGGGUAUAUGAUGAUGUCACCCAGCGUGAGCUGCUCCCCAGAGAAUGCAAACUACGCCAAAGUCUGGAAUAAUGGGGCCAACCCUGCAUUGUCUGAGAGCAGCGAGGGGAAGGGCUCUUGCGGGGACUACAUCAACAUGUCUCCGGCCAGCUGCUCCGCCACCAGCUCUCCACCUGACUGCUACUUCAACCCGGUGGAAGAGCCACCCAAACCCAUAGACUCCUACUAUUCACUACCUCGCUCCUUCAGGCACGCCCACAGGAAACAGGAAAGGAGCCCGCUGAGGGUGGUGCUGAGCUCUGGCCGGCUAGCCUAUGGAGACUCCUCCACGUCCACCAGCAGCGACAGCCUGGGGCCACACGACAGUGAACAGCUGGUGGUCAGGUCCAAGGAAGCGGAAGCAGGCGAUGUGGGGGCGGGAGGUAAGCUGAAUCGGCCGACACGCCUCUCUUUGGACAGUAGCAGAGCCAGUACGCUCCCAAGGACACGAGACAGUCCCUUCCCCCUGAGGCCUCCUAGCCCAGGAGAGUACGUCAACAUGGAGUUCAGCGACAGGCCCUUCUCCGCUCACCUGCCCUCUCUCCUGGAGCCUGCAUUUGCAGAGACCAGCGCUGAGACACGGACUCGAUGUUCCUCUGAUUACAUGACCAUGGAGAUGGAAGCCCAAGGAAAUAAGCCUCGCAAACAGCCGGCUACAUGCGGGGUGCUGCAGCUGGGUAGGGCUUGCUCAGGGUACAGAGGGAAAGACUUCUUAUCUGAAAUAGAACCAUCAGCAGAACCCCUCCUCCGCUCAAUUAGUCCUGUUCAGGGUAUUGUUCCCGGUACUGGGCCAGGGCUGAGUGCUUUCAGUAGGGUCCACUCCAGCCCCAGCCAGAACCAGGGUGCCAGGGUGAUCAGAGCAGACCUUCAGGGUAGGCGGCGGCAUAGCUCUGAGACGUUCAGGCCCGCGGCAGAGGAAGCGGUGACCACGCCUUGCACGGAUGACGUGAAGCGGCACAGCGCCAUCCUCUUUGAAAGCGCGAGGCCGACGCCCGGUGAGCCGGCACGCUGUGGGACGGGAGCGCCGGCGGCUGGGACCGACCCCACUUUCUCCACAAACGGACUCAACUACAUGGACCUCAACUUGGGGAAGAUUCUGAAUCAGCCGGAGUGGAGCUUUCUCCGACCCAAGGCUUCACAGCCAUCCAGCGCCAUUCCCUUGGAGGAAGUGAGCGCAUACGCCAGUGUCAGCUUUCAGAAGCCAGAGCAUACGGGCAGUGACCCGGCAGACAGGGAAGAAUGAAGACACGGACUCGCCUGCAAACCCAAAGAUCCUGAGCGUCUCACUCUGCCGUAAAUCUGUUUUGCCUGCACGAGAGCAGUGACUCUCUCACCGACUGUAGAGCGCAUUGAUUUGCUCUGUGAUGGCACCGCACAGUUCCGCUCUCAGUGACAGUACAGCACAUUUCCUCACUGACCGCACAAGCACAGUUACUCUCUCCAUAAUGGUACAUCAGUUACUCUCUCUGUAAUUGUACAGCACAGCUUCUCUCUCUGAAAGGUGCAACAAAGUUACUCUUUCAGUGAUGGUACAGCACACUCACCUUCUGUGAAAGCAAUGCACAGCCUCAGAAAUGGUACAGCAAAGUUAUUCUCUCAGUAAUGGUACAGUGCGUUUGCACUUUCAUUCAUGGUACAACCCACAUUCAUCCUUUUUCCGCUACCAGUUGCCACACCAGUUAAUUCAGAAGAUGUCUUGGUUCGCAUGUGUCUCUACAGUUGUACAGUCCUGCUGGGCAGGAAUGCACCAUGAAAUAUUUGGUCUCCAUAACUUACCCAGUACUCUUACACUAGGGCUGAAAGCAUGGGGAGAAUUGGGUAGGGGUGCUCUUCGUAGGACAUAAGACUUAAUGGCAUCACAAUCAGCAGAUGCGGGUAGUAGGCAUAAAUUCCUCCCGCUAUAAGAAAGACAACAAACUCUGCAUUCACACUUUUGUGAAAACUAUACAGCUGCUUCCGCACCUUGAUGUGUAGAUGGUGUGAAAUGGGAGUGACAAA